AUGAAUAGGUUCGGUAUAUUUUUAUUUAUUUAUUUGUCCACUCAGAUGGUGGUUGGACAGCACAGUUAUAACCAAAGGCGGCUGCACCACCGUAACGCGCGUCAUAUGCUUCAAAGCCCCUACGCUGAGCUUCAGCCCAGUGAGGGUGGUGGUGGUGGUGGUAGCGGUUCCGAAACGGGUAAAGAUGAAUGCAAACCGAAUGGAGUCACAUCAGGCAAUCCCAAACAGAAAGCCACCAACAUAGCACAGAAAGCAGCCAAGGAGGCCAAGGCUGCAUCCGAUGCUCAACAGGCUGCCGGUGAAGCCGCCUCACAACAAGUGAAAGCACAGUUAGCCGAAAAAGCUAUUGCCGCUGCAAAGGCGGCCGAAGCGGCGCUUGCUGGCAAACAACAAAUCGUGCAACAACUGCAGCAGGAGGUGCGCGAAGCUGAGGCCGUAGUACAAGAGCAAAGUAGCUCCCUGCAGAAUGCGCAACAAAAUGUCAACGCAGCAAUGCAAGCCGCACAAAACGCUGCACAGCAACUAAAGACGCUAACUAAGGCCGUCAGUAUGGCUCAGGUGAAUGUAGGCAAUGCGGAACAGGCAGCUCAGGGAGCACAACAGGACUUAGCGGAGAAGACACAACUAAUGGAGGCUGCGAAGAGUCGUGUGGAGCAGUUGCUGCGUCAAUUGGGUUCGGCACGCGAUGAUUAUGCGAAGACCAAAGAGGCAGCUAUGAAAGCGGCUGCCGCAGCGCAUGAAGCCAAACAGAAUGCUAAUCCGUCGGGUCGUUGUUCCCGUCAAUCGCCAAGUGGUCGCAUGAUGUCAAAUCGGCAUCUACGAAUGGCACAGCGACAGCGUCAUUAG